GCGAUCACAACAUCUUCGGAUGACACCGAAGCAGCAGCCCCUCGGCCCACUCACGCGUCCCGACACUCUGGCAUAGACAUCAUGACUUUAGCGAGGGUGACACAGACUGCGUAGACAUUGCUUUGGUAAAGAGCGCUGCUUCCCCUGCUUACCUUGCACCGCGUGGGCGGGACCCGUAGCAUUUUCCCUGGCGAACCCUUGUGGCACGGCGCAUACUACUGGCUGCACUUCAGCCCACUCGUGAUCUCACAUCCAUCCACCUGGGAAUCCUGAAACGGAAACAAUCCACGGGAAGCUGCAGAAAACGUGCUCUGUGCAAACUCGACUGCCCCGUGCCACUCCAGCGGACUCGACUGCUAUAUUACCCUGGCCAUGGCCUCCGAUCCAGCCCAACACGGCUCACCCGACGACCAGACAGACCCCUCGACCAACCACACUCAGUCGCAGUCCCAGACGCAGAUCAUCAUGUCCGACUCGAUCCAAGAACGCUUCCAGAGCGACGACAAGGCUUCACCGGCUUCUGCUACCUCCAACAAGGACCAGAACGACUCGGCUGCUAAGCGUGCGAACGCAAAAGAUCCCUCGAGACCCAGAAGGAAGAAGGCGCGCAGAGCCUGCUAUGCCUGCCAGCGUGCCCAUCUGACCUGCGGUGACGAACGGCCAUGUCUUCGGUGCAUCAAGCGUGGAUUACAAGACCAUUGCCACGACGGAGUACGAAAGAAGGCUAAAUAUCUACACGAUGCGCCUAACGAUGCCCUCAUGGCCCACACCUACAACCAAAACCAUAACCAGAGUCAGAUGAAUCAGUCUACUCCAACGUCAGAGCAGCCUCCUGUUGCUCAGCCCUCGUCAUACUACCCUACUCCUGUUGGUCCUCAGACGUUUGCCAACUUUGGUCACACCCCGUCGUCAGCUCCUAUCAAUUCUCCCUCGACUACCGAUUCUCCUCUGGUCCAUCCUCAUCCUUAUGCCCCACAACAAAACAUGGUCACUCAGCCGUUUCCUUCAGCCUCGUCUCAACAGAUGCCACCUCCCCAGGAUCCUGUCUCAUCCAUCUCUCAUAAUUCUUCAGACGGAAAGCCUGGCCAGCCCUUUAAUGCCCCUUUCUUCGACCCCGCAGAUCCGUCACUCUUCAACUUUGACAUCUCCAGUCUGAACUUCGGCAAUCACUAUGGUGCUUUGGAAUUUGGCAUGCUUGGACACAUGUCAUCUGGUGCUGUUGAAACACCAGAUGCCGAGAACAGCCUGAUGACCUCAAUUGCUUAUGACCCGACCAACCCCAACUACUCCACCAGCUACCCUUACAACAAUACCGCCUUUACUGACUGGCAACGUAACGCUGAUGGAACAAGACAAAACAGUUCUGGCCAAAUCUUUUCCAUAACAGGAGACAGCAGUUUUGAUGGCCAGCUGAACUUCCCCAAUGCUUUUGCUAUUGGCGAGAACGGGUCCAUCUCUGGAGCGAGUCCCAGCGCUGCCAACAUGAUGGACUUCAGCACAGGAUACAGCACAAGUCCUGUGGCUUCAGCACAGCACUUACUACACAGCUCAAACCAAGACUACAAUCGUCAUCAGCAUCGACCGCAGAUCAGAAGUAGUUUCUCUGCGAAUGACAUCAACCAAACGCGACCCAACUCACAGCGAAGACGACGGGAUCCGUCAGAUAUAUACACAUCAGUCACCGCGCCUUACUCGUACACGACUGGCUUCCAUGCUUUGACCGCAUGCCUACAAAGACUUUAUUCUCCACAAAAGACAGCCAGAAUUGCCAGGGCGCUCGCGGCUAUUCGACCAUCAUUCAUUUCUUGUACAAAACAGUUGAAUGUCGACGAUCUGAUUUUCAUGGAGAAAUGUUUCCAGAGAACGCUGUUCGAGUACGAUGACUUCCUGACGGCUUAUGGAACCCCUACCCUCAUCUUGCGUCGUACUGGCGAGGUUGCCGCUGUUAGCAAAGAGUUUUCUCUGCUUACUGGAUGGUCGAAAGACGUUCUCCUCGGCAAGGACGCGAACAUGAACAUCAACAUCGGCAACGCUUCGGGGCGUCAAACGGGUACCAGCACUAGAGGUACUGCUACACCUCGAGGCCAAGGCAGUGGAGACACUGCCGGUCGACUACAGCCCGUUCUGUUACCGGAGCUCAUGGAGGAUGAUAAUGUCAUCGACUUCUACGAAGACUUUGCCAAACUUGCCUUCGGAGACUCGCGCGGUGUCAUGAUGAAGCCAUGCAAACUCCUCAAGUACAAGACCAAGGAAGAUCCCGGUUGGAGUGCAGACCUGUUGGGGGAGCGAGAGAAUAGACUCAGCAACGGCAAGCCCGUCGGUCCACUCAUCAGCGGCGAGUCUGGAAUGAACUCGCUGGGUGAUCGGGACGGCAAGGUGUCUUGCAUGUUCUGUUGGGUGGUCAAGCGAGAUGUGUUUGACAUUCCCAUGAUGAUUGUUAUGAAUUUCCUUCCAAUUAUCUAGAUCGGCGAGGCAUUAUUUGGGCACAGAGGCGUUCUGCUUUGGUUGCGGCAAUCAAGAGCCGGGUCAACAGCAUUAUCACACAUGCGCAAUUAAUUCAAGCAUAUUCUAAUGAGUAGAUGAUAAUCCAGGGCAGAAUGGAUCGCCUGCGUGAAGCAGGUGAUAUUUAUUGGCAUCAUGCAUCAAAACAUGUCCGAAGGACUUCAUUCAGUACACUUACAAAUGAAUAUUCAUUAAUCUGUUCAAAUUCAU